GUAUCCGGGGGCGGAGCCGGCGGAGCCGGCUGGGUCAGCGGCGCAGACGGACGCGGGCCGCUGGCCGCGAUGGGGGAGGGCGGAUUGCCCCCGGCCUUCCAGCUGCUGCUGCGCGCCUGCGAUCAGGGCGACACGGAGACGGCGCGGCGGCUGCUGGAGCCGGGGACUGCGGAACCGGCGGAGCGCGGCGCGGAGCCCGAGGCGGGCGCGGAGCCGGCGGGGCCCGAGGCGUCCGGGCCCGGGGCGGGGUCGGCGGCCGGAGCGCCGGUGCCGGUAGAUUGCUCUGACGAGGCGGGCAACACGGCGCUGCAGUUCGCCGCGGCCGGGGGCCAUGAGCAGCUGGUGCGGUUCCUGCUGCGACGCGGCGCCUCGGUCAACAGCCGCAACCACUACGGCUGGAGCGCGCUCAUGCAGGCGGCCAGAUUUGGACAUGUGAGCGUGGCACACCUCCUUUUGGAUCACGGGGCUGAUGUCAAUGCCCAGAACCGGCUGGGGGCCAGUGUGCUCACCGUGGCCUCUCGGGGUGGCCACCUGGGCGUGGUGAAGCUGCUCUUGGAAGCCGGUGCCUUUGUGGACCAUCACAAACCCUCAGGCGAGCAGGCAGGGGACGGCAGGGACGAGCUCCUGGACGUCACGGCCCUGAUGGCCGCAAUCCAGCAUGGACAUGAGGCUGUGGUACGUCUGCUGAUGGAGUGGGGUGCAGACCCCAACCACGCGGCCCGCACUGUGGGCUGGAGCCCGCUGAUGCUGUCAGCACUCCUCGGGAGGCUUGGCACGGCCCAGCAGCUGGUGGAGAAGGGGGCCAACCCGGACCACCUCAGCGUGCUGGAGAAGACUGCCUUCGAGGUCGCGCUUGACCGCAAGUACAGGGACCUUGCAGACUACCUGGACCCGCUGACCACUGUCAGACCCAAGACAGAUGAGGAGAAAAGGCGACCUGAUAUUUUCCAUGCAUUGAAAAUGGGAAACUUCCAGCUGGUCAAAGAGAUUGCCGAUGAAGACCCCAACCACGUGAACCUGGUUAAUGGGGAUGGGGCGACCCCACUGAUGCUGGCAGCUGUCAUGGGGCAGCUGCCUCUGGUGCAGCUACUGGUUGAGAGGCAUGCUGACGUGGACAAGCAGGACGGCGUGCAUGGCUGGACAGCCCUCAUGCAGGCCACCUACCACGGGAACAAGGAGAUUGUCAAAUAUCUGCUAAACCAAGGAGCUGAUGUCACUCUUCGUGCAAAAAACGGGUACACGGCCUUUGACCUAGUGAUGCUGCUGAGUGAUCCUGACACGGAACUUGUUCGACUGCUGGCAUCUGUCUGCAUGCAGGUGAAUAAAGACAAAGGCCGGCCCAGCCACUCACCACCCCCGCCCCACUCGAAGGUCCAACAGCCCUGGAGUGUCCCAGUGCUGCCUGAUGACAAAGGCGGACUUAAGUCCUGGUGGAACCGAAUGUCCAAUCGGUUCCGGAAGCUCAAACUGAUGCAGACACUGCCCCGUGGGCUGUCCAGCAACCAGCCAUUGCCUUUCUGUGAUGAGCCGGAGCCAGCACUGGACUCCACGAUGAGGGCGCCCCCCCCAGACAAGACGAGCCGCUCUGGGCUCCCCGACGUGACCCCCACGACCAAAGACAAUGGUCCUGGGAGCACAAGAGGAGAAAAGGAAGAUGUGUUAUUGACAACCAUGCUUCGGAAUGGAGCCCCCUUCACCAGACUCCCAAGCGACAAGCUGAAGGCAGUCAUCCCCCCUUUCUUACCCCCUUCCAGCUUUGAGCUGUGGAGCUCGGAUCGGUCCCGGACAUGUCACAACGGGAAGGCAGACCCCAUGAAGACUGUGCGGCUCCAGAGAGCCAGCAGGGGGCAACCUGUGGGCGGCGGGAGCACAGACACCACUCCCGUCAGGCCAGUUAAAUUUCCGUCUCUCUCCAGAAGCCCAGCCUCUCCUGCCAAUUCUGGAAACUUCAACCACUCACCUCAUUCUUCUGGUGGCUCCAGUGGGGUAGGAGGCAUGAGCAGGCACGGUGGGGAGCUGCACAACCGCUCAGGUGGCAGCAUAGACAGUGUUCUGUCCCAGAUCGCUGCCCAGAGGAAAAAAGCAGCCAGAUUAUCUGAGCAGAAGCCCAGCCAUCGGUCAAGUCCUGUUGGGCCAGCGCCUGGCUCCAGCCCGUCUGAGCUCCUGGUCUCCUCUGCAGGUGGCAGUGUUCCUGGUGGCAAGAAACUGGAGACGAGCAAAAGGCCUCCGUCUGGAACUUCCACUACCUCCAAAAGCACCUCCCCCACGCUCACGCCUUCACCUUCUCCCAAAGCGCAGGCAGCCGAGUCCUCCGUGUCCUCCUCCUCAUCCCACCGUCAGUCCAAGAGCAGCGGGGGCUCCAGCAGCGGCACCAUCACUGAUGAGGAUGAACUGACUGGAAUCCUUAAGAAAUUAUCACUUGAGAAAUAUCAGCCCAUUUUUGAGGAGCAAGAGGUGGAUAUGGAAGCGUUCCUCACGCUCACCGAUGGCGACCUGAAGGAGCUGGGUAUUAAGACAGACGGGUCCAGGCAGCAGAUUUUGGCAGCGAUUUCUGAACUGAACGCAGGCAAGGGACGCGAGAGACAAAUUUUACAGGAAACCAUUCACAACUUCCACUCUUCCUUCGAGAGCAGCGCCAGCAACACCAGGGCCCCUGGAAACAAUCCCUGUACGUGACCUUCCUUCCUGUGGUGACCAGCGUGAGCUUGCUGAAUCUCAGUACCCCCUUCACAUGGCCGGUGCUCCAGCCACCAUCAGACCUUCCCCAUUCCCUGAAACACACUAUGUUUUUGUCACACCGCUGUGCCUUAGUCCUUCUGCCUGGAACACCUGUCUUCCCUUCCCUUCUGUAGUAGUUGGUGAUGCUUGUUGCUAUAACAAACUCCAACACUGUAGAGACUUACUCUCCCAUACAAUCCAGUAUGGCUGCAUCCGCUCGGCAGAAGCACACGGUGAUUCAGGGACCCAGCUCCUUUCAUCUGUGGCUCCGCCAUUCCUGGGGCCUCAGAGGCUUUGUUUCUGGCUGGCAGAGGGGAAGGGGAUGGUGAAGAAGGCACAGCCAUUUCUUUACUGCUUUGCUCUUAACUGCUCACGUUCCAUCGGCCACUCAUAGUCACGUGGCCCCACGUGUAGUCGUUGUUCAGGUAGUGGCUUCACGGCAACAGCUCUGUACUUAGAUGGGGGAGCACAUGUUUUGGCAGAAGGUUAGCCACUCUUCCACAUCUUCCCUUAGAACUUCUAACUUCUCCCUAAUGGUCCAAGUCACCUAUCAAAUGAAGCCUUUCUCAACGCCCUUACACAGAACUAACUCCUCCAGCCUCUGGGGCCCUUACUGCUCCGUGUGAUAACUCUGCUCUAGCACUUCACUGCACCUGCUGCAGACAGCGCACAACAGCUGUUCAGGAUGUGUAUGUUGAAUGCGUACUUCUUUCUUGCAAAGGCAGCCUUUUAUGUAGGAAAAAUGGCGAGGCCCAAGGUGUGAUCUUGACGGAUCCCUUUUCCUUCCUGGCCUUCAGUUUCCUUGUCUGUCGUCAGGCAAGACAAUGCUCUGAUAUUCCAUGCUGCUCACCCCAUAUCACAGUAGGGCUUUUCCACUUUGUGUGGGAGCAGAAGACCCUAAUAUAUUACAUUGUAGAAGGACUUGGAUACUCACAUUUUCUAGGCAAAGAAGUGAAGAAUUUAGAAUUUCUUCUAAGGCUACAUUCCUCAGAAGGGAAUCAGCCUGUGUAGUUUUCUACAGUGUCAUAUUCUAUGAAAAGGACUCUGACUUUUGAGUCCAGUGGGUUUCUGAAAUGUCUUCAAGUGCGUAAUUCAUUCGACCAGCACCGCUGGGUGCUGGGGGUGCAGAGACGAGUCAGAGCCAGUCCCGACCCUUGAGGACCUGGACAGCAAGAGAAGAAAGGAAUGGUGGUCCCAGCCUCGAGGGGCAGCACGGAAGAGUGGAGAAAGCGUGUGCUCUGGACUCAGGUUCAGGGUUCUGGUUCAGCCCUGCAGCUAGCCAGCUGUGUGGCCAGGGACGGGUAAGUUGGCACUUAGAGCCAGCGUGCGUCAAGCACUUGGUCCGUGGGACAUGCGCAAUGGAUAGCAGCCUUUGCAGAGUUCUCAUCUUUACCGUGAGCUCUGCCUGGCCGCAUGCUGGUCUCCUUGGGAGAUGUGGCCUCUCAUCUCUCCCUCCCCCGGCCAUGAGUGCCCAUUCACCCUCUGCUGGCUUCUAGAGGGAGUCCUGACCAUGUUGCCUGGAGCCUCAUCGUGUUCUCCCUCUGUCCAUUGAUCCAGCGGAUGCUGUUCCUCCUUCAUCCUCCCAUCUUCCCACCCAUAAAAGCCAGCUUCCCACAUGACUGGAGAGAAGAGGUUUUGUUUUAGCCAUCACUGACAGACACCUUUAUAAAUGUUCCUCGCAUCCCAACCCUUUUUAAGGAGACACAGUCAUUGAGCACCUUCUGUGUGCAGCAGCUGGAACCCAGUGUCAUCUGUCCUCACCAGAAGCCUGGAGGCUGGCAUGGUUUAACCUCAUCCUGCACGCUGGGGAAACAGACACGGAGGACUGGAGCUGCAUGCCAGUUCCCCAGCCCGGAAGGAGUAGAGCUGGCUGAGAACCGGAUCUAGUGGGCUCUGAGCCCAUGCUUUUGCCACCAAUUCCUAUAGACUCCCGGGGCUAGAGCCACCAGGGAUUCUCGCUGUUUUAAUGUACUCAUAUCUUCAGAGACUAUCGAUAGGCCUAGGGUUGUUUGCCCCUGAAAUACACAUGGGCCCCUGAGUUAGGUGCUGUGAGGUUUUGUGCCCACUCUUUGCUGUCCUCCUGGUCUUUUCAUCACCCCUAUAUUUGUGCAGCUUUCACUUGGGUAAGUUUGAUUGAAUCCCUAUGAUUGAAUACCUGUGAUACACAGGAGCUGUGCUGGGGGUCAGCAUUCCACAAAUGCACACCUCCACGAUCUCAUCUAAUGACCCCAGACAGAGCAGGGCUUAUUAUUCUCAUUUUGCAGAUGGGAAAACAGGCUCAGGACAGAUGCCUUUUUUGUCUUUUUCACUGGAUUCAGUGGUUCUAAGGUUUUUUCUCCCGGGCAGUUUGUGUGCUGGUUGGUGAGAGAUCCCCGGCGCCCUUUCUGGACCAUGAUCACCCCCUUCCUGGUGAUACUCCAGGAGGCUCUUCUGGUCCACAGUGUCUUCCUUGCUUGAUGACCAUCAGCAUUUCCCAAAGUGUGUUCCUUGGAACCCUAGUUCCACAGGAUGUUAAUAGGUUUUUCAUAAAGAAAAAAAAGGGAGAGGAAAUGUAUGCAUGACAGUGGGGUGAGGCUCUGUGAUCAAUAGGUUUGGCAGACACUGGAUUAAAGCCCAGUUACAUGAUGCUUGCUGCAAGACACCUCAGAAUCCUUAUCACACCACACGUGGGGGCGUGUCUCUUCAAGGGGGCCAUGUAGCUUGUAGCAUUUCCCAUACGUUUGAUCACAGAAUGCUGUUUCAUGGCACUCUUGCAAGACUAAGGUUCAUUGGACACCAUUAGGGAAGCCCUACUUUGACUCGGCAGUGGCAGUCAUGAGGCCUCACAGCACCUGGGAGUGGGCCCAAGGGGCCCUCAAGGCCUUCAGCUGGAUCAGGGGUCUUUGGUAAUUGCUUCUUUUCUUUCCAGCAGCUCUCUGCUUGGCAGUGGGACAUCAUGGUGAGGGAGUCCCCUGACUGAGAGAACCAGGAUCCUGCUCAUAGGGCUCUGCAUCCAGGGCGUCUCCUGCAGAGUCAGGGACAUCAUUUCCCGGUGUUGGUGCAGUGUCCUGCCUGGCGAGUGCUGGGUGUCUAAGCCCUGUCCCCCAAUGGCCAGGAGAAGGUUCCCAUCUCCUUGCUUCAGUGCCAGACCAUUACAUGGAGGCGGCAAGUUUUGCCAGGAAAACAUUUACUUUUUUUUUUUUGCGGUACGCGGGCCUCUCACUGCUGUGGUCUCUCCUGUUGCCGGAGCACAGGCUCCAGAC